AUGUUGCUGAAAAAACGUUGGGAUAUCAGCAGAUAUAACGCCCAUCGACACAAGGUGAGUGAAACAUGACCAAACGAUCACGCUUGGGAAAUAUUUCAAAAUUCGUGUCGUGUUUGUGUUCAACUGAGGCCGACAGCUACUGUGUAUGUCUCUAUUAAAAGGUAUCUAGUUAAAAAAAGUUUAAGAGUAAGACAUCAGAGACGUCUCUGUCUCUCUGAUGUCGUAGACGACGAAAGCUCAGACUUUUAGGAAUUUAUUUUAUGUCUUACUCUUAAACUUUUUAACUAGAUACCUUUUAAUAAAGAUAUACACAGUAGCUGUCUGCCUCAUUUGAAUACACGACACGUUAUUACACUGUUACUGAAGGACAACUUCAUACGUUUUACAUUUCUAAAUUCAUUGGAAAACGCUCUAGCUUCGAUUCCCGAAGAGUAAGUUUUGUUUCGACAGGUGGGCAAUCCGGGAAAUAUUCGAGGAAUUAAACCGUAGAAAUGUAAAAUUUCAUUGAAGGGAAUGAAGCAGUCCUCUAUAAAUUUGGUAAACACGUUCUAUUUAGUAAAGGAGCUUUCUUUCGACCAGGCCACUGUGGCCUUCAACAAGUACAAAUGAGCCAGUCCUUGAUCGUUACUCUGGGGACGGUUGUUCGAAAGCCGAGUAACUUAACCCUAGCUUAAUCUAAAAUUCAAAGCAAAUUUCCCAACAGCAUGUUUAUAAAUUUGGAAAUAUUUCUUUAGAAAUCUUGGCAGGACCAGUUUGAGCUUUCUUCUCUGAUGUUUUGAAAUAAACAAAGUGCGGAACUGACAUUAACCUGCUGUUUAAAUUUUAACCGAGGGUUAGCGCUAAUCCAGGUUUGAAGAACCUAGCCUGGUUGGCACUGCUGCUGCUGCGGGACCUAAGCAAUGUUUCCAAAAUAACUAUGAAACUGAUACAUUCUUAGCACCGUUACAGAUCCCAGCUUACUGAAAGAUUUGCGAAAUGAAAUAAAAAUAUUUCCAUAAAAGAAUUGCAUCUCUUCCUAUAGGUAAAUCAUUCUUCCCCGGUAAUUGACAACAAGCCACCGGAAACGUACAUUCACUUGCAUCUGAACCUGAAGAAAAUGCAGGUACGUUUAGUAAAACAUGAUUUAUUGAAUUCAACAUGAAACUGCCCUGUCCUCCUUGCAUAUAAUUACCAAUCGCGCAUGCGUGAAAGUUUGUAAAAACCCGUAUAUACAAGAUGAACAAAGAACAUUAGCAAGAAAAUAUGGAAUUGUCUUGUCUUAUUGCAGAAGUGUGAACUAGGCCCAAAGGGUGUUGAACGGCCAGCAGUGAUAAUAACACCAGAAAACUGAGGAUUGAGAAAGAUUCAACUGCUUGUAAGAUAUAAAUAAAACUUCGACGUUUCGAACGAAGGUCAUUCAAAGAGGGCGCUUCGAAGAACGAAACGUCGAAGAAAAUCUUGUAUUUUUCAGGUGUUAAAUCCUUCUCAAUCCGUAGUUUUCUGUUGAUAUGAAAUGCCUUUCCUGAUUAUUGUUGACUUCCAGGGAUGGAGAAUCCACAAUUGUCAGUUUUAUACAAAUAUCCCGUAAUGAUGUUAGCAUCGUGUUAGGAUCAGGCUUAGUGUAAGGAUUAAGUUAGGAAUUGCAAUAAGGGAAGGGUUUAGUUUAAGGAUAAGAGUUUGCCAGUAGGUGAAAUAAUGAUUUCUAGAAUUUUUGAAACCCACAACCAGCCGACAAUUUCAGAAAAUGAAAAAAAACACAAUGUCAUCUUGAAAUUGAAGAUUUGAAUUAAAACAGAACAUGCUUUUGAAAGUCUAAAUUUUCGACUUUAUUUCAAUGUCAUUUUCAGUCGAACAUUUACAGUUUCAAAACUCGUCUGUUUUAUUAAUUCAAAUCUUCAAUUUCAAGAUGACAUUAUAUUUCGGAAUUUGUUUCCUGUUAUGCUGUGUAUUAUGGUUGAUGGAAAUUGACUCAACCUUUUCUCUAUUAGAAAGAAGAGGAACGCUCCGCGUUAAUUGAUAAAGAGAACCGCUUACUGCUCGAGAAAAUGAGUUCGAUCAUGCGCACUAGAGGUUCUGUAGACAACCGUAAUAGUUAUCUAGCAAGAAGUUUAAACAAGACUUUAAGACAACGAGAACUUCUGCGUGUAACUCACGAAAACCAGGUCAGACAACUACACUUUCUAGUGAUCUACAUCGCCAUCUUGGAUUAUUGUUGAUAUGCAUGUUUCGUCACAAGCAAAUAUUUACCCCGAUAUGCAAUGGUUAUUAUGAGCCCAAAAUUAUACUUCUGUCACUAUUCCAAAAUAAAUUGACUGAGGAAAUUUUAAGGAUCUACUAAUUGUUAUUUGGUCACCUGGGAGUGGUUUUAUAAUCCCGCUUUUGACCAAAACCGCCGUUAAUGAGAUCAAAAAUCCAAGAUGGUGGACAGCUCAUCGUUUUCAGUCAAAAUAUUUCAAGAACUAAGCCAGAUAUGAAAAAUCGGUAAAAGGAUUUUUACAAUUUUUACAUGUAAUUGUUUAACUGUUAAUCAAAUGAGACAAACUUAAUUUUUACUGCGGCAAGCCAUAUCUCUUUGAGCUAUCUUUAUUCUCACUGGAUAAUUCUAUCAGUUCUAGACCUAGAGACCAAUAAAAAUCAUUCCUUAUUGAUCCACUCUUACUACAGGAGGAAGCCCGCAUUAAACUAACUUUAUUUAUACUAGAUAGCUCUAAUUGCUCUACCUAGAGGACCAGUUGGAAUCAUCGUCCCUUAUUCCCAGAGAAAAUCUGCGGCGUUACUGUAGGUUGAGCAAUGCGAGUCGAACCACUCAAACCAGAAGCAAUUUCUUCACAUGCGAAUUAUAUAAUAAGACAACCACAAAUUGUGUUGUUGUGUUCUGUUCUAUGAUUUGUGUCUGAACUACCUAACAAAGAUUAAAAAUACCAUUUAAUGCGAAGCCUUCGUCAGGAGCAGCCUAACUCCUCCGCAGCCCUUUCUAAAAAUGGGGGGGGGGGGAUGCUACGAAAGUUGAUCGAGGGAUGAUGCAACGUAAUCCUUCGAAAUCUCAAAUUUCAGAACAUGCAGGUACAGGGUAUGAUGUAAAUGAAUGCAAUCAAGUUAUCUAUUGAAAGUCCUGUAUUACCCGCGUCUUUCUCAAGCAAAUGCAUUUUGGUUUAGAAUAAAAAUAUGGACUAAUGUGCGGGAAGAUUGAACAUUUUUCAUUCCUAGGCUAUUUUGAAGAGAAUUACGUCGAAAGAACCUCACUACAAUCAUUUGCAGUGGGUAUGUUUCAUAUGUGAUGGUAUAAUUCCUGUAUUGGUUUUUAUUACAUAGUAGAGAGUGAGAUACUGAGAAAUACACAGUGACAUAUUUUCCAUAUCUUCACUAGUGAAGAUAUCGAUCACGUGACUUUUAGUAUUUAUACAAUUUUUUGCUUGGGACUAUAUAAUAAACAGAACAUUACACGGUGGCUUGAAGAUAUGACUUUUAUCUUCUCGUGUUAAAAACAAUAUUUUACAAAACAAUAUUGUUUUCACCACUCGAAGAUAAAAGUCAUAUCUUCGCGCCGCCGUGUAAAUAUACUCUAUAUAUUUAAUCUCGUUUGUCCUUCGCCAAGAUAUGUUUUCAAAUCCGUUUGUUUGUUUGUUUGUUUGUUUGUUUGUUUGUUUGUUUGUUUGUUUGUUUGUUUGUUUGUUUGUUUGUUUGUUUGUUUGUUUGUUUGUUUGUUUGUUUGUUUGUUUGUUUGUUUGUUUGUUUGUUUGUUUGUUUGUUUGUUUGCUUGUUUGUUUAAUUAAUAUGAAAGUUAGUAAAGCUGACUGAUGGCUGCUGGUCAAGACAAAUCGAUCAAAUUAAUUUGGGUGAAAAUUGAACGAGAAAUUCAAUUUUGUGUUUUUCCGGGAUUUGCAAAAGAGCAUGAUAUUGGAAUGAAAUUAGAUUCUGGCGGAGGUUUGUGAGUAGGCCCUCUACUCUCUGGUAUUUACAAUGUACAAUAAACAUUCUAAAUAUUGAUAAUGUUGUUUUGUUCCCUCCAGGAAGAAGAAUGGCAGAUGAAUAUGUUGUACAUGAAUAACAUCUCAAAAUAUCCUCAACAACGACGAGAUUCUUGCCUUGCUCGCCAAUCAACUCAUGGAAGUUUGCAGAAUCGGCAACAAAGCACUAAAUAG